UGUGUGUCACUUAAACCCGGAAAAGAAUCAUUAGAAUAUAAGUUAAUCUAGUCUAGAUCUAGAUUUAGAUCUAGAAGACGAGAUAGUCUAGAUUCUAGAUGUCUACUCUGAUGUCUCUGAGUAAUUUAGAUCAUCAGUCUUUUUGCUGCUGGAUUUUAUAUAAACUAAACUAGAUUUAGAUCUAGAUCCUAGGCCUAGAUCUACAAUCUACAGUCUACAGUAACAGUAAGUGAAAUGUUUUUACUUGAUGGCAGAAGUUUAAGAUAAAGAGGAUGGAAGCCACAAAAAGCUGACGAAAAUUCGCUAGAAGAAGCACCAACAGCAGCAAUUGAUAGACAUUUAUAUAUUGGUGAAAAGAACCAUGCCUUACCACUGGCAGAGUCAUAAUGUCAAGACAAGUGGAGUGGAUGAUAUGGUCCUUCUGCAAAAAAUUUCAGAGGCUGGGAUCAUGGACAACUUAAAGAAGCGGUUUAUGGAUGAUGUUAUUUAUACCUACAUUGGGCCUGUAUUGGUAUCUGUAAAUCCUUUUAAGAAUAUCAACAUCUAUGGAGACAAAGAAAUUGAAAUAUAUCAAGGAGCAGCACAGUAUGAGAACCCUCCACAUGUUUAUGCCCUUACAGACAAUAUGUACAGAAAUAUGUUGAUUGAAAUGGAGAAUCAAUGUGUCAUCAUUAGUGGGGAAAGUGGUGCUGGAAAAACUGUGGCAGCCAAAUACAUUAUGGGAUACAUCUCAAAAGUAUCUGGUGGUGGUCCACUUGUUCAGAGAGUCAAAGACAUCAUUUUAGAAUCAAACCCUUUGCUUGAAGCUUUUGGAAAUGCCAAGACUGUGAGGAAUAAUAACUCAAGUAGAUUUGGUAAAUAUGUUGAAAUACAAUUCAGCAGAGGUGGAGAGCCGGAUGGAGGAAAAAUUUCCAACUUUCUGUUAGAGAAGUCAAGGGUAGUCAGCCAAAAUACAGAUGAACGAAGUUUUCACAUAUUUUACCAGAUAUGUGCAGGUGCUACUGAGAGAGUUAAAGAAGAACUAGGCAUAGCAACUCCAGACUAUUAUAGCUAUUUAUCACAAAGUGGAACUUUCAAAGUUGAUGGUAUUGAUGACAACAAAGAAUUUCAAGACACACUACAAGCUAUGCAAGUGAUAGGAAUCUCACCAGACACACAGAGGGAGAUUUUAUCAAUAGUAGCAGGCAUUCUCCACUUGGGCAACAUCACUUUUGUUGAGCAAGGAAAUUAUGCCAAGAUAGCCCAAGAUGAUUUCCUACAGUUCCCAGCACAUUUGUUUGGUGUGGACAGUGAGCUCUUGCGAGAUAAGUUGACAGGAAGGAUUAUGGACAGUAAAUGGGGGGGUAAAACUGAGAGCAUUGAGAUGAAGCUGAAUGUGCAGCAAGCAGAAUUCACCCGAGACGCCUUGGCCAAAGCUGUUUACUCUAGAGUUUUUGAUUUCCUUGUAGAGUCAAUAAAUAAAGCCAUGCAGAAAGACAUAGAAGUGGUGAACAUUGGCAUUCUUGACAUCUAUGGUUUUGAGAUUUUCGCCCGCAACGGCUUUGAGCAGUUCUGCAUUAAUUAUGUUAAUGAAAAGCUGCAGCAGAUUUUCAUCGAAUUGACCCUGAAGGCAGAGCAAGAGGAGUAUGUCCAAGAAGGCAUCAAAUGGACACCUAUAGAGUAUUUCAAUAAUAAAAUUGUUUGUGAUCUGAUUGAAUCCAAGAGCCCUCCAGGCAUCAUGUGUGUUUUGGAUGAUGUGUGCGCCACCCUUCAUGCAGUCUCUGAUGGAGCUGAUGACAAGCUUCUUGAGAAACUUCAAGGCCAGGCAGCUUUGAAUAAACAUUACACUGCUUGUGGAACAGGCUUCAUUAUACAUCAUUAUGCUGGUCAAGUAGAGUAUUGUGCUGAUGGGUUCUGUGAGAGGAACAGAGAUGUCUUAUUUACUGAUUUAGUUUUGCUGAUGCAGUCUAGUCAUCACCCAUUUAUUGUCAGCCUGUUUCCUGAAGUCAUAAACACUGCAACUAAAGGUCGACCAACAACUGCAAGUAGCAAAAUAAAAACUCAAGCCAAUAAACUUGUAGAGACUCUAAUGAAGUGCACACCACAUUACAUCAGGUGCAUCAAACCAAAUGAGACCAAAAGAGCUAAGGAUUGGGAGGAUACAAGGGUCAAACAUCAAGUAGAAUACCUUGGUCUAAAAGAAAAUAUUCGAGUUCGGAGAGCUGGUUUUGCAUUUAGAAGAGAAUUUGCCAAAUUUAUCAAAAGGUAUGCAAUUUUGACACCUGAGACUUAUCCCAAUUGGAAGGGUGACCCCAAACAAGGUGUUCUUCAUCUUCUCAAAACAGUCAACAUGGACACAGACCAAUACCAGUUGGGAAAGAGCAAAGUUUUUAUUAAAAACCCAGAAUCACUUUUCUUGCUGGAAGAAAUGAGGGAGAGGAAGUUUGAUAGUUUUGCAAGGACCAUACAGAAAGUCUGGAGAAAGCAUCACGCACAGCAGAAAUAUUUCAAACUGAGAGAAGAAGCAUCUGAUAUACUUUUUAACAAAAAGGAGCGCAGAAGGCACAGCUUGAAUCGUAAUUUUGUGGGAGAUUAUUUAGGUCUUGAUGACAACCCAGAACUUAAAGCUCUGGCUGGUAAAAGGGAAAGAAUAGAAUUUGCAGACUCAGUCAAGAAAUAUGACAGAAGAUUUAAACAUGUUAAAAGAGAUAUGCUUCUUACUGGGAAAAAUUUGCUACUUGUUGGCAUGGAGACGAUUAAGAAAGGCCCACAGAAAGGAACAAAACAACUAGUCGUGAAGCGCAACAUUCCUAUAGAUCAAAUUUCUGGUAUAGUUAUGAGCACCAUGCAAGAUGACUUUUUUAUUCUCAAUGUGAACAAUGAAUAUGGCAGUUUCUUGGAAAAUGUUUUUAAAACUGAGUUCCUGACAGUCCUUUCCAAAAAAUAUAAAGAGAGAACAGGCAAGGAAUUAAGAAUCAACUUCACUGAUGCAAUGGAAUUUCAGGUGAAAAAAGAAGGUUGGGGUGGAGGAGGUACUAGACAAGUUAGAUUUGUCAGAGGAACAGGUGAUAUAGCUCUCCUUAAGCCUUCGUCUAAAGUACUUACCGUUUCUAUUGGCCAAGGACUACCUAAGGAUUCUCGACCUGGCAGAAAACCUGUAGUUAAAAAUGGUGGUAUGCAGCAGAGUAGAAAACUUGGCCCCCCAGCACCAGCAGGAGUGGUGUCCAACAGAGGCAAUCCUAGUCGGCCAGCACCUAGUCGCCCAUCAGGCGGCCCACCCUCCGGUCCAGCACCACCACCUCCAAUAUCACAACCACCGUCCAGGAGAACAGUAAAUAGGCAGUCUAGUCGAGAGAUACAAGAGAACCUGAUGCAGAGGAAAGGAAGGAACCCUUCUGACCGCAUGCCAUCUCUUCCCAAGGAGGCCGACAGCCCAGCCAAGAGAAUGGCAGCGGCAAUGAAAGCGAACAACAACAACAACACAAACUUCAUGAAGCCACCAGACCCAGGAGUCGCAGGACUUGCACAUAGAGAAGCUCAGAGGCAGAGCUUAAGUAAACCACCUCCAGCAGAAGGGAAGCCGAGGCCCAAGCCCAAGAUGGCACCUAAACCACAGUUGCCUCAGGUCAGGUGUCUGUAUGCCUAUGAUGCACAGGAUACUGAUGAGCUGAGUUUUAAUGAAGGAGAUUUGAUUGACCUUCUUAAUGAAGAUGCCACUGGAUGGUGGAGAGGCCGACUGAGAGGAAAAGAAGGACUUUUCCCUGAGAACUAUGUACAGAAAGUUUAAAGACAUCAGUUCUAUAAUCUAGUUCUUCUCAGGUUGAAAUAAUGAAAAUGUUUUCAUUUGUUAUGAUUGGUCAGCUUCUGUUUUUUUUUGUUAUUGAUUGUUAUAAUUUUGGAUGAAACUCAAUUUUACUGAUACUGAUGAGGUUUAAUGAGGGAGAUUCUGUGGUGUAUGACAAAUUAGAAAUCCACAUAAAUGGUCUACAUCUGAAGUGAUUCUAUAUCGAACCAAAGAAACCCAGAACCAAUACAAAUAGGAAUCACUUUGUGAGUCAUUAAGUUUUAUUGAUUUUAAUCUCUGUUACAUGCAUUUGUCAUACUAUAGACAGAAAAUAUGUAAUUUUAAUACAGUAUCUGAUAUGUUAAAAAUUGACCAUGAAGUUUCCAGAUCCUAAGCAAUCAUGAAACACAGGCCUGAUAUUGUUAAUAGUAACCUUUCUAUGAACAUGUACAUUACAAAUCAUAUUAUUGGGAUUACUGGGUAAUUGUUUUGAAAUGAUGGAUUGGAAAAACUCUCUGGGCACUUAAAUCCAUUUUGUAUUUAAAAAAAAAAUUGAAUUGCUUAUAAAAUUUUCAGGAGUUUUGUUGUGAGAGAGAAAGCUGUUCACUGCAUCACAGCUGUAUGUUGUGUGCAUCACAACUGUAUGUUUUUGUUGUUGUUGUUUUUCCUUCCCUAGAGAGUGAGUCUGUGCUGUAAAUGGAUUUUCUCUCUUAGCCAUCGUAGUUUUACUUCCAUUCCUAUCUGUGAUGUCUAAAGUUUAUCACAUUCCUUUCUUAUAACAAAUAACUUCUUCACAAAUGUGCACAUUAAAAAAAUGUUUGACGUUUUGUAGAGUUGCCCAGCACCAUGACGUGGUACUAGCUUAAGGAUAAAGUAUGUCAGUGUUUACAAGCACCAUAAAGCAAUGCAGUGCUUCAGUUUAACUUAUGUACAAUUUAAAAUGGCAUUAUAUACUCCAUGAUAGGGGUGCAACUUCAACUUUCAUGGGCUACUGUUCUAUGUGUUGAUUGUUUGAUGUUUUCUUUGAUGGGUCAACUAAAAGAAAGUGUUAACAUGUAUUAUUUUUGUGUUUUGCAUGACCAAGCAGUAAUUAAUUAUACGUAAUGCAUUUUGGUAAUGAGAAGUUGUUUAGCACAUAUUGUCAGAGACAAUGUAAUCUCCUUUGUAUUUUUGUCGUAAUUUUUCAUUGAUACAGCAGCUGAUAUGCCUAGUAUACUAAUAUCUCUAAUUGAUUGGUUAUUCACUUCAUAGCUUUGAUAUUUUUGUAGCUUAUGAGCUGCUUUCAUGUUUUUUUUCCAUUAUUAUUUACUUAAAAAUGUUGAAGUAUAUUGCAUUAAAUUAACAAGAUCGACUCAUUCUUUUGUAGGUUUUAAACAGUUUUUGUUAUCUUUCUGAAAGAGUUUGUGAAUAAGUUGUUACAUUCUGGGAUAUUUCUGCAAAAUAGUUCACCUUAUUUGUUUCUCUCCCACAAAUCCUUGCUUUUCUCACUGAGAAACUAUUUCAGUUCAUCAAAUCUUAUGUCGUGUCUGCUUCAUGGUCUUUUUUUUGGUCUCAAUGAUUUUGCUUGUGAUUAAAAGAUCUCAUUAUCUUAACACAGCCCUAUCUGUGUUGCUUCCUUGCCUAAGCUAUAUUCACAUUACAGUGACAUUCUUUUGACGUGCAGAAAAAUACAAUAAAACUACUGCUGAAUUUUCUUGCAUAUUGGUGUUGAGGCCAAGCGCAAAAUUGUCAGUUUAGUGUGAACAUAUCUUAGCAUAAAUCUCUCUGUGAAUCUACUUAAGUCCAUACAUAUCAUUCUCUCAAAGAAAUCUAUAUCUUUUAAUAUUGAAAUACUUGCCUUGAAGAAUUAUUUAUGUAUUUUUUGGAGGGCGGGGAGAAUUAUACAUUUAUGGAUUCCAUUCUUUUACAUUUUUUUUUACAAAAAUUGUGACCUGCCUAUUCUUUCGGUGACUGGUAUAAAUAUUUUCUCUACAAUUGUUAUUUUGUAUAUUUUUCUCUUACUGUUAAUGUAUGCUAUAUUUUAAUUUGCUUCUUUAAAAUGGCUAAUUUAUCAUCUUUGAAUCGAACAUCUGGUGUUGCACUGCUCUUGUCCUUGUAAUCAGGGCUACUUUGAUGGUAAGAAAUAUGCCUUAAUAGGAAGCAGACUUGAUCUUGUAUCUCCCUGUUAUCUCUACAUUCCAACUGUUUUAAGACUUGUAUGGAAAGAAAUCAUCUGCUGACUUGGCUGGCUGUUUUAUUAGCACAUUUUUGAUGAAAACUUCAGGUUUGUGUUGUCAAUUUGUCAUAAACUAAUCACCUAAGUUACAACUGUUAGAUGUUUUGUGUUACCCCCCUUUUUUGUUUAAUUUUUUUAACAUUUGUUGUUUUUUUUUCCUGAUGAUUUUGUUUUCUUUCGUUAAUAAGCUGUUCCAACAUUUUAUUGAUUUGUAAGAUUUAUGUUUGAAUUGGAAUUGAUGUUUUUAAUAACUUAUUUAUCAACAUAGAAACAUAUUUGUUGGUAGAGGCUACUUACUCCUUAACUAUAUACAUGUAUAUUUAAUUUAUAUAUGAAACACUCAUGCUAAGUUAAUUACCUGCAUCUUCAUCCUUCUUUAAGUUAUAAUUUGUUUUGUUUAUUUCAUUGUUACAUUGGUUUAAAUAUUUUAUUACUUGUAUUAUGACUUUCUUUUAACUGGAUUUCAUGGUUCUUCGCCUCAAGUCUUGAGUCACAAACUUAUUUUAAAAAAUACUUUCAUGUUCCACCCAUUUAGUUAUAAAAGGCAUUUUGUGGAUGCCAUAGAACAUUUUAAAAUGGGAUCUUGACCCAUGGUCUUGGACUCAUUUGUUUAAUGUAUAGUUUUAAAAAAAAUCUCAGGCUACAUUGUAUGUAGCCCUUAACAGUUUGAAUUUUUUGGUAGUUUCAAGUUUUUUGUUAACACAUUUAAAUCCUUUGUAUUUUUUUUUUUAUAAUGAGUCCUUUCGCAUAUGUAAAGGCAUUAAAUUGUUUGUCAUAUUUCAGGUAAUAACCAUGACAGUCUAAGUCCAUAAUGUAACAAUCUUAAGUUUUAAAUAGUUCAAAGUCUUAAAAGAAAUUCUAGUCUCUAUCUUAAGCUAUUUUCAUGCUAUUGUCAAAUUAUAUGCACUCUAUACAAUAUGGCAGAGUGAGGUGUUCUGGAAAUAAUUUCACACACUGCCUAUUUCUCCUUUUAGACUGAUGAUAUGUCUUGUUUUUCUUCAUGCUGCAUGCUGAAGAUAGGAAAAGUAUAUAUAAAAGUAUAUAUUUCUUGUGCUUCUUAAACCAAAUAUAAAAGAAUAUUCAUCCAUUUGUCUUAUAGAUUACAUUUUAUAAUUUAAGACUAUUGUCAUCCAUUUUGUUUUCAUGAAGGCAUUUUUUUUUUAAAAUGAAGUCUUAUAGGAACAACCAAUAUAUAUAUCACCACAUAUAUAUUAUUAAGACUAGCAAUAACUAAUUAAUUUUUUUAAAAAUGUUAAUGACAAUAAAAAAAACUUGUCUAUUUCAUUUAGAUUGUUGAUUUUGAAGUCUUUACCUUUACUCUGUGCUGUAUCCAAUUUUGUUGCUUUUUUAUUUUUAUAAAAACUCAAUAAAUUUUUUUAUCGUAAGUUAUUAAACUUCUUUUCUAGCCUAAUGGCUCGUAUUUGAAAGAUUUUGGAUGAGUCACACAGCCCAUAUUUACAUGUCUUUAAUCAUUAAAUCAGGCAAAAUUUUUUUUUACUUACUUUGGAACAUAAUUGGAUAAGUGUUUAGUCUAAAAGAUCCUAAUUUUCUAUACAGACAAUAGAUGUCUAUUUAAACAUAAGUAGAAAUUCCAAUAGUAAGCAUUCAAAAUAAUGUAUUAUAAUGAUUGUGCUGUUACCUAAUGCAUUGACUUGUGCUAAGCACAGCUAUAUACAUUAAAAUUUGAUAAAACCCAACUUUCUACCAAACUGAGCACUAAGUUUGACUAAAUAAAACAUAGCCAAAUAAGUUUCUUUUUCUUGUUAAAAAAAACCCGCUGAAGUUGGCAGCUUUUUAUGGUCUCAUAUUUGUGACUUAAAAACAAUGCUAUGUAUAUAUGUUAGUAUAUUUACUUUUGAUUUCUUUUGUAUGAUUGAUUCUAUAUAUAUAGUACUUGUCAGUAUUUAGUCAAAACAGUUUAUGUUAUAGUGAUAUUAUUCUUGUUUGAACUUUUUCAACUUGUUUAAUGCAUGAAGACCAUACUUUCUAGAGUUUCCAUUCUACAUUGGACCACAGAGGGAUUCUCUGUGUCUAUAAUAACUGCUUGAAGUAUAUUUCUGUUAUGUACACAUUGUGUCAUUCUUGUGCCAUACAAUGGUUACAUCGAGUCAUUAGAGCAUGUCUGCUGAGUACAGCAAUCCAUCUUCAUCUGCCGAAUUUUCAUAAACCAUGUUUAGGUCUGGUCCUUUUAUAUAACAAAAGUAAACAACAUUCAAUAAUAUAUAUAUUAACCCUAACCCUAACUCUUGGAGUCAGUACCAACCUUGAAUAUGCAUCCAAGGUAGUGGCUAGAUUUUGUUUGACCCUUGCCUUGAUUAAUUGAUUCCCUGAUGGUGGCGUCUUUUUUGGACAUUUCAAUGCCUUUCCCUGUAUAUAACACAGUCACCCCUUGUUAUAAUAAUUUGUAUAAGUAUUUGUACUAUAAAACAAGUAUUUAAAAUUGGUCUGCUAGAAAUAGAUCUAGUAUUUAUUCAGCAGGCUGCAGUGUUUGAAACACCAGCUUCACCUUCAUGUCAAGUUUUGUCUCUGUAGAAGUAAAAACAAAAACAACAUUGCCAUGUAUGUAAGAGGAAGAUGCUUGAAGUGUGAAUGCCGCAGUCUAAAAUCUUGGGCUUUAGAUUACCAAAUGUCAAGAGCUAUUCACUUUGUAUUUCCUGAAACAUAAGUUCAAAUAUGUAACACACAAUCAAGUUCUAAACAUUCGAACAAUUUAAUACAAAUAAUACACUGAAAAAGGAUUUUGUUUUUCAAUAAAAUAGUCUAUUAUGCCUUAA